UUUCUUUCUUCGUUUCGUUUAUAAGAUUACCUCUCCCUGAGUUUGAGACCGGGUUUUGCCUUCGCCUUCUCUUUCCAAAAUCUCUCUCUCUUAAUAGUGUAUAGAACAUCUUAGAGUUUUGGCGGUAAAAGAUGUCGGGGAAGGGGGCGAAGGGUUUGAUCACAGGCAAAGCAUCUGCCACCAACAAAGACAAGGACAAGAAGAAACCCAUUUCGCGUUCUUCUCGUGCUGGUCUUCAGUUCCCAGUUGGCCGUAUCCACCGGCUAUUGAAGUCAAGGACAACAGCUAAUGGAAGAGUUGGGGCCACAGCUGCUGUAUACUCUGCUGCUAUCUUGGAGUAUCUAACUGCUGAAGUAUUGGAGCUGGCUGGGAAUGCUAGCAAGGAUCUCAAGGUUAAACGUAUUACUCCCAGGCAUUUACAGCUUGCAAUCCGGGGAGAUGAAGAGUUGGAUACCCUGAUAAAAGGAACAAUUGCUGGUGGAGGAGUAAUUCCUCACAUUCACAAGUCUCUUAUCAACAAGUCUUCCAAGGAAUAGAUUAUUAAUUAAUGUUAGCUACUUGAUGGAAAAUUUCUGUCUCUACUAAUUGUGGAUUUGUUGCAUGCACUUGAAAAAACAGUAGGUUUUUCUAUUUAUGGUUUAAGUUGUUGUUGAUCAUGGAUAUACUUGGUCUUUCUCCGUAUCAUUUCAGUAUGUCACUAUCACUGAAAAUCUUAAUUGAGAUGUCAUUUUCGUUUAA